CGGCAAACUCAUAUUUGUACCAAAUACGCAACGUACGAGACAAUAUUUGUCGUGGCAUUUACCACGUAAAAUAUUAAUGUUGUUGCGACUAUUUUUACGGCACAAUAAAACCGUGAAAGACUUCUCCCACGCGCAGCGGCCCGUGCCCGCAAACUUUCCCUGUUCUGUGUCACGUGACGUGGUGAAUAAUUAGGCUCAGCUCGCCGCCUUUCGAUGUUGUUUGGGAAACGGGCACGCGAGCGAGGGAACCUGUCCGACUUGCGCUCCGGGGAAAAUCGAGGAUUUUUACCGAUUCUAGCCAAAAGGAUCAUCACAAAGGACACUCGGACUCCCAGACUACAUAUCCCGACCGAAGGAAUGGGAUUUAUCGGGGAAAGUCGGAAUUUCUGGGCAGUUUUUAUGGAGAAACGUUUGGGUUAUUUGGUCAUUUGAUUGGGAUUUCAGGAGAGAAGCAUCAGGUGUUCCCGGACAGGACUGUCUCGGUGUACCCUUGGCUCCGGACUAACGUUGACCGGUUCUGACCAAAGCGGUACUCCGUGUGGGAACGGUGUUUCGCGUUGUCUGUAGUUCUCGUGAAGACAACGCCGGAGGAGCCGGAUUACGACUGCCGGUACGCCAUUUUGGAGAAAAGCGCUGCAGAUCGUCAGGUUUUCGCCCAUCCCGUACGCACCUCAACAUGUCCUGACGUGUGCCGCUGACAGCCCGUCCAGCUGCGCCUGGUGCCCGCCCAGAUUUACUCCUCCAUUUAUGGCUGGGCUGGAGAGUUGGCCCAGACUUCUGGGAUGUGUCAGGACCGUGGAUUCUUCUUGUACCUUGAUGUUCUGAGAAAAUUCGCUGCUGACCGAGAAACAAGGGCAUGUCGGAGCCGGCCGAGCCCACGCCCGCGCCUGGCGGGUGUGAUGACACCGGGUCCCCCGAGUCCUCCACCGACGAUCCCCUCAAGAGCCCGGCUCCCGCGCCUCAGCCCACAGAUGGACAAGCCGACUCCUCGAGCGAAAGUGAUGAUAACAAGAGCACGAGUAGCUGCGAACCGGAGCGGGAAAGCUCGGAAGAGAUCUCGGCGGCGAUGAGCGAAGAAGGCAAGCCCGAAGCUAGCCCUCCACCCAGAUCGCCUAGGCCAUGUAACGACGAGAUCGUACCCGAUCCGCCCACCAGCGGAGAUGAGUCGGAGGAACGGUCCGAAGCUCAGGAUGUCCAGCCGUACCCCGAACUGGCACCGACCGCCUUCUGCUUCCUCAAACAGACACACAAGCCCCGACUGUGGUGCAUUAAGCUCAUCUCCUGGCCAUGGUUCGAGCGGCUGAGCAUGAUGGUCAUCCUGCUGAACUGCGUGACCCUGGGGAUGUACCAGCCUCGCAACGACAAGACCUGUCCCCAGCGCUGCAUGGUCCUCCAGGGAUUCGACCACUUCAUCUUCGCCUUCUUUGCAGCAGAGAUGGCCCUGAAGAUGAUCGCCAUGGGGAUCUUUGGGAAGAAGUGCUACCUCGGUGACACUUGGAAUCGACUGGAUGCUUUCAUUGUUCUUGCUGGCGUGGCAGAAUAUGUAAUGAAAAUAAUGGUGGAAUAUUCUCUGGAACUGGAAAGUGUUACGUUAUCAGCCAUUAGGACAGUCAGAGUCCUCAGGCCCCUCAGGGCCAUCAACAGAGUCCCUAGUAUGCGCAUUCUGGUGAUGCUCCUGCUGGACACCCUGCCUAUGUUAGGCAACGUCCUCCUGCUCUGCUUCUUUGUCUUCUUUAUCUUCGGCAUUUUGGGGGUGCAGCUCUGGGCAGGGGAGCUCAGGAACAGAUGUUACCUGGACAGCAACAUCACAAACCUCACGCUACCGGAACCGCUGGAAAAGUACAUCAUGGGAAACCCAUACUACAGGCCCUCUGAAGAAGAAGACUUCAUCUGCUCCAAAAGCAAUGGACUAUUGCACUGUUAUGACAUACCACCUCUAAAGGAUGGGGAUGCAGUCUGCAACGGAACAAUUGAGGGUUACUUGAACACAACAAUGAACCUCACAACAAACUGCAUCAAUUGGAACCAGUACUAUACAGAGUGCAAAGAAGGGCUGCACAACCCUUUCAAGGAUGCCAUCUCCUUUGACAACAUACUAUAUGCAUGGGUAGCAAUUUUCCAAGUUAUCAGCUUAGAGGGCUGGGUAGACAUCAUGUACUAUAUACAAGAUUGCCAUUCCGUUUGGAACUGGGUCUAUUUUGUUAUUCUCAUUGUUAUUGGAUCAUUUUUCAUGAUCAACCUUUGCUUAGUCGUCAUAGCCACACAGUUCUCAGAAACAAAACAGAGAGAGAGUAGGCUCAUGGAGGAACAAAGACGGAAGUACCUUUCCACCAGUACGUUAUCCAGCCAGCCAAAUCCAGACCACCCAAGGGGCUGCUACGAAGAGGUGUUCAAACUAUGCGUACACAUGUGCAAACGGUUGAGGCGAAGAGUCUUGAGAUUGUAUCACAGAUUCCAAGGGAGACACCAGAGAAAAGUGGACCCUGCUCUAACCUUACAGAGGAAGAGGAGGCGGAGAAAAAAGUCUGUGUGUGUUCACCACCACCACCAUCAUCACCACCACCAUUACCACUUCGGAGGUGCAACAAACCCCCUGCCUCCUAUACAGAGUAGUCCACCAAAGUACCAGGUGACGUUGUCUCAGAGCCCUUGUCCGAGUCCCCUCGCCCCUAUUGCAACUCCAGAACCUAGCGAUGUGGAAUCCUUGCAGUCCCCGAGCAAGUCUAACUUGCUUCGAGUGCCUUCAACAAACGGUGUGCAUCGUUCACGAGAGUCCCUACAGUCUUCGCAUAGUGAUGCUGCAACCAAUGGUGAGCCUGACACUACAUUAAGAAAGUCUUCCCUCCUCCCUCCCCUUAAAGAUGUUAACGUGCCCUCACCAAAACAUCUUAGCGUCCCCCUGCCAGCCAUUGCCACCCCUGGGGUGAAGGUGCUUCCCCCCCUGAAGUCCAGACCUCCCGUGGAAGAACUGCAGACCCUGGCCGUCGCAUCCACUAAAAAUAUUGCUCGAGCGGUCACCCAAUCAUGCCACUCCAGUCCCGGGCCUUCGACCAAACCAGUAACGUCGGAUCCCAACAUAUUCCAAGAAGACAAUGAUCAGUCCCUACAAGUCCAAAGACUUUCAGUCCCAUCUGUGAUCCCCUCCUCUCUACAAGUCCCUGCGGUCGUGUCCAAAGACCAUGUAGAAUGCACCUGCACACAUACACAGCUUGACUGGGGUUCAAACUCGGAAUCCGAGGUGUCCGUCAGCGAUGAAGAGUUGGACUCCAAGAAGUACAGGGAUGAGAGUGUGGACCUGCCACCGAGGCCCCCUGGCUGCUGGGAAAGGUUUACCAAGUUUAUGAGAACCAUUGUGGACAGUAAGUACUUCAACAGAGGCAUCAUGGUGGCCAUCCUAGUCAACACCCUGAGCAUGGGGAUAGAGUUCCACAACCAGCCUGAAGAGCUGACCAAUGCCCUGGAGAUCAGUAACCUGGUCUUCACCUCCCUGUUUGCCCUGGAGAUGCUGCUGAAACUGCUAGCCUACGGGCCACUCGAGUACAUCAGGAAUGGAUUCAACGUGUUUGAUGGCAUCAUUGUUAUAGUCAGUAUUGUGGAGAUCGCAGAAGAUGGUGAAGGUGGUUUGUCUGUGCUACGAACCUUUCGGCUGAUGAGAAUACUGAAGUUGAUCAGGUUCUUACCUGCCUUGAGACGCCAGCUUCUGGUGAUGAUUAAGACGAUGGACAAUGUGGCAACCUUCUUUGCCCUCCUUAUCCUGUUCAUCUUCAUCUUCAGUAUUCUGGGCAUGCAUCUGUUUGGCAACAAGUUUUGUGAGCCUGAUCCAGUACACAACAAGAAAGUGACCUGUGAUCGGAAGAACUUUGAUACCCUGCUGUGGGCCCUUGUGACAGUGUUCCAGAUCCUGACACAGGAAGACUGGAACCUGGUUCUCUACAACGGCAUGAAGAACACGUCUCCGUGGGCGGCUCUAUAUUUCAUUGCUCUCAUGACCUUCGGGAACUACGUCCUGUUCAACCUGCUGGUGGCCAUCUUAGUGGAGGGCUUUUCUGCUGAGCAACGGAAAAUUGAGAAGGUCCAAAGGGCAAGAAAAGCUAUACAGACCCUGGCAUUCUGGAAACGACCCAGUUUGAUGUCAAAAAAGACUCCGUCCACAACCAAACUUUUGACCCUACCAGAGAAGGAGGAAAGAAAGAGUGAAAUGGACGACUCAAACAGUCAGCUGGCAGGGCCCAGUAACUACAAGAUGGUGCUUGUGGGUGCUGCAAGGAAAGAUGGUGAUGGCGAUGACACCAGUCCAAAUGUGUUGAACAAUGAGCGGACCCUUGUGGUGGCUGGUCCUGAACCCCCCAUCAUCACGAGGACAGAAGCCACCCCGCAAGGCUCCCCCAACACAGACGGACCCAGCAACGGGAAGUCUGUCAGCUAUCCUGCCAGUGUCUCUUCACAGGAGGAUGACUCUUCACCUGGGAAUCCGUCUGCCCUCACUGUUCCUGAACAGGACUCCCCAGGACUAUCCAGAUCUGGAAGUCGCAGCAGCCACUUCAGCUGGCGGAGGAGUAAGGGUGGAGAAAGGGAGAGCAUCUUAUUUGCUGACGACGAAGACAACCUUAACGACGAAGUGUUCACCAACACCACGCACACGUAUGAAGAGGACGGAACCAUCCGCUCAUCUUUCAAUCCACAGGAAGCCGCAUGGCAGUCAGGAAGUUUGCGAUCACGCAAUGUAGCCGGGAGGACUAGAGAGAGCACAACAUCUCAGGGAAGUGAUUGUAGUCACCUGUCAGUCAACUCUAAGCCAGGCAAUAACGGGAACAAUGGAAACAGUCCACGGGUGAGCGUGUCUAGCGAGUGUAACGGAGGCCCAAGGCUGUCGGUGAUUGACAAGCCGGUCCUGACUGUGGAGGUGGACAAGGAGAAGGACACAGAAGUGAACGGGCCACCAGAUGUAGUGGUCCUGAAAGAUCCAACAGACAAGAAAGUGGUAUGCCCAGAAAAGAGCAUAUACUGGAAAUGCUGCCCUGCCCCUAAAGGUUGCUUCAAGACAAGAGCAUACUACUCGCUCUUCCUUUUCUCACCUGAAAACAGGUUACGACUGUUUUGCCAGUACCUCGUCAACAAGAAGUGGUUUGACUACGUCAUCUUGAUUUUCAUCUUCAUGAACUGCAUCACCCUGGCCAUGGAGAGGCCCAAGAUCGACCCAGACAGUGGUGAAAGAAUGUUUCUGACAAUCGCCAACUACGUCUUCACAGUCAUCUUUACUUUGGAGAUGUCAGUUAAGGUCCUUGCCUUAGGAUUUGUGUUUGGUGAAGGAGCAUACCUAAAGAGUGGAUGGAACGUCAUUGAUGGCUUCCUGGUGGCCAUAUCAUUGGCGGACACUGUCAUCAUGCUGUCGUCCAAUAGCAGUCCAAAAAUCUUCGGCAUCCUAAGAGUCUUCCGCCUGCUUCGAACUCUUCGACCCCUCAGAGUGAUCAGCCGAGCUCCAGGCCUGAAGCUGGUUGUCCAGACGCUCCUGUCUUCCCUAAAGCCCAUUGGGAAUAUCGUUCUUAUCUGCUGUACAUUCUUUGUCAUCUUUGGGAUACUCGGUGUACAGCUUUUCAAGGGGAAGUUCUUCCACUGUGAAGGCCCUGAUCUGUACGGGGUGAAAAACAAGACAGACUGCCUGAAGGAUACCAAACGGAAAUGGGUCAACCAGAAGUACAACUUUGACAACCUUGGACAGGCAUUAAUGGCCCUGUUUGUGCUGGCAUCCAAGGACGGCUGGGUGGACAUCAUGUACAACGGCCUGGAUGCUGUGGAUAUAGAUGUACAGCCUAUAGAGAACUACAAUGAGUGGAUGAUCAUCUUCUUCAUCUCCUUCCUCUUGCUGGUUGGCUUCUUUGUGUUGAACAUGUUUGUGGGCGUGGUGGUGGAGAACUUCCACAAGUGCCGCGAGGAUGCGGAGAGGGAAGAGCGCCUGGCACAGGAGGAGAGGAGGAGGAAGAAAAUGGAGCGGAGGCUGCGCAGAGAGGCUGGUCUUCCACCUGUACCUGAGGAGACAGAGGGAACAAAACUCCCAAAGCAAGCAGGGAAAAAGGAAAAACCCUGGAAAGCUUCCUACUAUGAUCUUAGAGGGGAAUGCUUGUCUAGAACCAGGGAAAUUGUAAUGCUCUUGGCCUGCCACUCGGACGAUGAGCUUUUCUACAUGAGAUACUCCAAGCCGAGGAGGCUCGUGUAUGACCUGAUCACAAAUAAAUACUUCGACCUGUGCAUUGCCGCCAUCAUUGGGGUGAAUGUCAUCUCCAUGGCGAUAGAACACCACGACAUGAAAGAGGAGCUGUUCAGAGUGCUGCAGUACAUAAACUAUGUCUUCACUGCCAUCUUCAUCCUUGAAGCAGCUCUGAAGAUCACAGGCCUUGGCUUUGUCAGAUACAUAAAAGAGAGAUGGAACCAGCUGGACAUGUUGAUUGUGAUCCUGUCCAUUGUGGGGAUUGUGCUGGAGGAGAUGGAUGCCACCUUCCUCCCCAUCAACCCCACUAUCAUCAGGAUCAUGAGAGUGCUCAGGAUAGCCAGAGUCUUGAAGCUUCUGAAGAUGGCCAAAGGCAUCAGAUUUCUUCUCGAGACAGUCAUGAAAGCAUUGCCACAGGUUGGGAAUCUGGGCCUGCUGUUCUUCCUGUUGUUCUUCAUCUUUGCUGCUCUUGGAGUCGAGCUUUUUGGCAAAAUUGACUGUACUUCUAAUGUGGAACGGCCAUGCUCUGGGCUGGGCCUCCAUGCAAACUUUAAAAACUUCAGCAUGGCUCUGCUCACACUGUUUAGGAUAGCAACUGGGGACAACUGGAAUGGGAUCAUGAAGGAUACCCUGCGAGGUCCCCCUGACUGUGACGACUCAGAAAACUGCAAGGCCAACUGCUGCGUGAGUGCCAUUCUCGCGCCCAUCUACUUCGUGUCCUUCGUGCUGAUGGCUCAGUUUGUGCUGGUGAAUGUGGUGGUGGCUGUCCUGAUGAAGAACAUGGAGGACAGUAACCGCAGCAUGGCUGACGAUGAGGAGGAGGAUGAGGAACCAUCAGAAGGGAAGGAGUUCCGAGAGCUGGAGGAUGAGCAGGGGGCGACCAACGGACAGGGUAAUGGUGAUGGGAAGAAGCGUGUGACGAGGUUCCACUCCCUGCCUGACAGCUUCACCUUCCCUGUAGGGGCCCAGUCACGGGAGAACAGCGGAGGCAGCAGCGACAAUAAAGAUCUCCUGUAUACAAUAUCUCCCAGCAAGGUCAGCUUGAUUUUCCAUGAGGAGGAUGAAAAAGACAACCGGUACACUGGAGACAUCGAGAUGAGGACGUUUUCCUUGGCCCACAACAACCAUGAGGACACACUACAAGAAACCAUACUUGGUGUCAAAUUCAAGAACAAGAAAAGGACACGUAAAGACGCCAAGGACAAAACUGAAACAGAACCUAUGUUGGCCGAUGACAACAGCUGUACAAGCAACACGAGCUCUCCAGUUGCCUACAGUGACCAAGUUCCACCGUCUUACGACGAAGUACAAGUAAAUAGCUCUCCCAGCGUGGAGGAGAUUCGUAUUUCAGACUAUGGAGAAAAAGAUCUCCCGUCCUUAAGUUGGACCAGUAGUAUCGAGGAUAACCGUUUGGAUGAGGAAGUUGCACAUUUGACGGAUGCAAGCUUCGGUGAUAAAUUCAGAAGGGCUAGCACACCAGUUAAUAUGCAUGCCAGCGACCAAACCACUGGGUUCCGCUGUGUGAUGGGCAGCAGUGUGGACAUACGAGGUGACCAGAGCCCGAUGCUCCAAAGGCAGGGCACGCAGGGCUCCAUCAGUGCACAAGACUUAUCCAGGUCGGAUAGCGCAAGCGUGUCAGCGGGUCGCAGUACAAACACACUUCUCGGCAGCAGUCAGCACGUUCCCACGUGCUCAUCGCGCGAUACCUUACAGAGCGACACGACUUUGCAAACAAGAAACAACUCCACAGACCUUCUGUCCAGCCCACACAGACUCAGUGUUCCAUCCCUACAUGCACAAGGAUCUACGUUGUUGUCUAGAUGUCAUAAACUUAGCAACAGUGUGGGUGUGAUUUCUGAAGUGCCUGAUUCUAGGGAAAGAUCACGUUCUGGUAAGGACCGGCGCAGCGUCUGCUCGUUGGAUCCAAGAGUGUUCCAGGCAUUGAACGAGGCAGCGAGUUCAAGGCAAGGCAAACCCACACCGAAUGGCCAAAAUACGCCAGAAAGUAGAGAAAGUAUGCUGCAAGCACAUGGCACAGAUGUCAAACAGCGCAAGCAAAGCAACACCCAGAAUUUGUUAGGUUCCCAAGAGCACAUGCAAAUUUCUCCUGAUUCAAGGCAUAUAUCGAAACAAGACAAUGUAUAGUAUUUCCUGUGUCACCAAAUUGUACCUAAAUAUCAUAAAGAUCAAGCUAUCAACCUGUGUAUAGUUGUUUUGUAAGUAGUGCAAUUGUAAGAUACUACAGAUUGUAAAAAUUGUCCCUAUUGUAUAUGUAGAAGAGUAUGACAUUUUAAAACAUAUAUUUAAAGAGUAUAUUUUAGAGUGGAUGUAUCAUUUUUAACUAAAUUUGUAAUUUAUGUCUCUUUUAUGUCUAUGAUGUGCAGUGAGAAGGACCUUAUGCUUGGUUUCUCUUAACAUGGCAGAUGGACGGAUUUCUGUACCAGGCUAUGACUAGACAAAUGUAUCAUGAUCUUACAAGAACAAAAUUAAAGAUAACACAACACAGAGCCCAAAGAAUCUUUUAACAACCAAACUU